GUGUUUCUUGGUGAACUCUUUUGUAGUUUACUCGGGGGAAAAUAAUGCCAUAGACCCCACGCACACACUGUUCUGUUCAUUCGUGUCGGCUCGCAUUUCAAGCUUUAGCGCCAAUAUUCAGCUUCCGUUCAUUCCACGCAUUUCUCGUUCGUCCGAUUCGUCGUUCUGCAUUCCAUUUCCUUUUAAAUUUUACAUUUUCAAAUUCUUUUUGCAGCUUAAAAUUUAAAGAAUUUGAAAAGCUCACUCAGUUCUCGCUCGCGAUUUUCUCACUCUCUCGUCCGACGCUCGCAAUACUCGCUACGACCCUCGCUCUACUCUCUCUGUCUCACGCGCAGUGGUGCAGAGCGUCUCUCAUCUCUGCGAUUUAGAUCUUUGUUAGACAAGCACUGGAUAGUGAUCUGAAAUCAUCGUUGAAAUUUUUCUGCCUUUUAUUUCAAGACAUGUAUGGUUAAUAUUGGACAGCUGAAAUGAGAUGCAAUGCAUGCUGGCGAGAAGUAGAAGGGCGAGCCAUUUCCACAACUUGUGGUCACCUAUUAUGCACAGAUGAUGCCAAUAAGAUACUCAGCAAUGAUGGAGCAUGUCCUAUUUGUGAUCAAGUCCUUUCAAAGAGUCUCAUGAAACCCGUGGACGUCAAUCCCAAUGAUGAAUGGGUCAAUAUGGCCAUGGCAGGGGUAUCUCCACAGAUAUUGAUGAAGAGUGCAUAUAGAAGUGUGAUGUUCUACUUGGGGCAAAAAGAACUGGAGAUGCAGUUUAAGAUGAACAAGAUUGUUGCUCAAUGCCGGCAGAAAUGUGAGAUGAUGCAAGAGAAGUUUACAGAAAAAAUAGAACAGGUACAUACUGCUUACCAAAAGAUGGCCAAGAAGUGCCAGAUGAUGCAACAGGAAAUUGAGAGCUUAACCAAGGACAAUCAAGAACUUCAGGAAAAAUUUGCUGAAAAGUCCAGGCAGAAGAGAAAAUUGGAUGAAAUGUAUGACCAGCUGAGGAAUGAGUAUGACUCGGUGAAGCGAUCUGCCAUACAGCCUGCAGACAACUUUUAUUCCAGAAAUGAGCAUGAUUUGUUCUCGAACCCACCUAAUAUAAUGGAUGGCAGAGAAAUGGGCAGAAAAGGUGGGCUGGUAUUCACUCCUGCCACUCCAGGACCAAGAGAGGAUGUCUGGCCAGCAAGGCAGAAUAGCAACAACUCUGGUCACUUUGAUCUGUCCGUCGGCUCACCAGCGAAACAAACAGUCAUUGCAGGGGAUGCUGGAAACAGAAGGGCUGGUGCUCAUCCUGUUUUUGGACCUGGUGCUACUAAUAACCCAUCCAUGACUUUGAGGAACUUAAUACUGUCUCCAAUAAAGCGGCCUCAGCUCUCACGUAACCGCCCCCAACUAUUCACGUUGUAGGCACAAAGGAGGAGGCUAACCUUCUAUAAUAUCAGGAAAAACGAAUCUAAAGUUUGCACAAAUCAGUUUGUAGUUUGCGUGAUGUGCUAAUGAUAUUUUAGACUUCCGUUUCUAUUUCUUACCUCAAACUCCUAUAGAUGAAGAGCUGCUAACAUGAACAAUUUAUAUAUCAUUUUAGUUCCCUAGCUUCAAUCUGUAGAUAGAUAAUUCCCAGCGUAUUAUAUGGUGAUUGGAGAAAACUCAAAGUGAAUACCCUUAAACUAAACUAAGUAUGAGGCCGCUGCCCCAUUUGGUUACUUGUAGCAAAGAAUGAAAGCAGGCUUCUUCUUUCUUA